AUGGCGGAUAGCUUGGCCACGCCUGGUGGCAUUUCGGACCCGGCCCUCAUCAAACUCGUCAACAAGCUUCAAGAUGUGUUCGCAACAGUCGGUGUCAACAACCCCAUCGAUCUGCCCCAGAUCGCCGUUGUCGGCAGUCAGUCGAGCGGCAAGAGUUCCGUGCUGGAGAACAUUGUUGGGAGAGAUUUCUUGCCUCGAGGCUCUGGAAUCGUGACGAGACGACCGUUGGUACUACAGCUCAUCAACCGACCUGGGACGGGGCAAGCGAACGGCGUCAACGAGGAGGUCUCCAACUCAACAGACAAGGCGGCCAACCAAGACGAGUGGGGCGAAUUCCUGCACAUUCCUGGCCAGAAGUUUUACGACUUUAAUAAAAUCCGCGACGAGAUCAGCAGGGAGACAGAGGCCAAAGUCGGUCGCAAUGCCGGCAUAUCACCCUCUCCCAUCAACCUGCGAGUUUACUCCCCGAACGUUCUCACCUUGACCUUGGUCGAUCUCCCUGGUCUGACCAAGGUGCCUGUCGGAGACCAGCCGCGCGACAUCGAGCGACAGAUUCGAGAUAUGGUUAUGAAGUACAUUGGAAAGUCCAAUGCCAUCAUCCUCGCCGUCACUGCGGCUAAUCAAGAUUUGGCCAACUCGGAUGGUCUGAAGCUUGCUCGAGAGGUCGACCCGGAGGGACAGAGGACCAUUGGUGUUCUGACAAAGGUUGAUCUGAUGGACGAGGGUACCGAUGUUGUCGACAUCUUGGCCGGCCGUAUCAUCCCCCUGCGACUUGGAUAUGUCCCUGUAGUCAACAGAGGGCAGAGAGACAUCGACAACAAGAAACCUAUCAUGGCAUCUCUCGAGGCAGAGAAGAACUUUUUCGAGAACCACAAGGCCUACCGUAACAAGAGUUCCUACUGCGGCACACCGUACCUGGCGAGAAAGCUCAACCUGAUCCUCAUGAUGCACAUCAAGCAAACCUUGCCAGACAUCAAGGCGAGGAUUUCAAGCUCUCUGCAAAAGUACAGCGCUGAGCUGGAUAGUCUGGGCCCGUCCAUGCUGGGAAACAGCUCAAAUAUCGUCCUCAACAUCAUUACGGAAUUCACAAACGAGUGGCGGACUGUAUUGGAUGGAAACAACGGCGAGUUGUCGAGCACAGAGCUGUCUGGUGGUGCCAGAAUCAGCUUCGUGUUCCAUGAACUGUACUCCAACGGUGUGAAGGCAGUCGAUCCCUUUGAUAUGGUCAAGGAUAUCGAUAUCCGAACCAUCCUGUACAACUCGUCCGGCUCCUCCCCAGCACUGUUUGUCGGCACAACUGCCUUCGAGCUCAUUGUCAAGCAGCAGAUCAAGCGACUUGAGGAGCCCAGCUUGAAGUGUGUGUCUCUCGUAUACGACGAACUCGUUCGUAUCCUUACCCAGCUGCUCACCAAGGCGCUUUACCGAAGGUACCCUCAGCUCAAGGAGACUGUCCACGGUGUAGUCGUUGGUUUCUUCAAGAAGGCUAUGGAACCCACCAACAAGCUUGUCAAGGAUCUCGUGGCAAUGGAAGCUUGCUACGUAAAUACUGGCCAUCCCGACUUCAUUAACGGUCACCGAGCUAUGGCUAUCGUCAACGAGCGGCACACCGGUGCAAAGCCCGUUCAGGUUGACCCUAAGACCGGUAAACCUUUGCCAUCAUCAGCUACACCGGCUCGUGCUGGCAGCCCUUCGAUAGAGGGCAUGGACCAGACCAACGGUGGCUUCUUCGGCAGUUUUUUCGCCGCAAAGAACAAGAAGAAGGCCGCGGCAAUGGAGGCCCCUCCCCCAUCGCUUAAGGCCUCGGGUACUCUCUCAGAACGUGAGAACAUUGAGGUCGAGGUAAUCAAACUGCUUAUUGCUUCAUAUUUCAAUAUUGUCAAGAGAACCAUGAUAGACAUGGUUCCCAAGGCUAUUAUGCUCACUCUCGUCCAAUUCACCAAGGAUGAGAUGCAACGAGAGUUGCUGGAGAAUAUGUACCGGCAAGACACUCUAGACGAUCUACUCAAGGAAUCCGACUACACCAUUCGACGACGAAAGGAGUGUCAACAGAUGGUCGAGUCGCUGAGCAAGGCCAGCGAGAUCGUCAGCCAGGUCCAGUAA